CGUCUUGGCCCGGCCUGAGGGUGCUGUGCGUGUCGGCCGACCUGGGCAGCCAGGCCGGGCUGCAGCGGCUGCUGGAGGCGCUGCGGGAGCUGUCCCAGCCACCGGACUUGCAGCGGCUCCUGCUCAUCAAUAACGCUGGUUGUGUAACCUCACGUCUGGGAAACCUGUCCGGCUAAUUGGGGAACUGUUCAGGGUGGACCAUCCUGGAAAGGAUCCAAGAAAACUAGACUCAGACCCGCUCUUUCGAUUUCUAUUCAACUCCAGCCCAGCUAGGGGAGCGCUGGCUCUUGAACUAGGCCGAGGGGGGCGGGGCUUGUUUUGCUUCCGCCAAUGGAAACACGGAUAGGUGCGAAGAGCUGGGCAUUCGAAGCAGGUCGCUGGGUGUGAACUAGGCCGGGUCCUUUCCUACCUGCUCGCGUGCUUGAUCCCCCAAGGUAGGCUGCGGUCCCGCGGGGAGGGGAGUCGACAUGGAGGGGAGCCUGGGCCGGACCCUGUGCAUCCUGACCGGGGCCUCCCAGGAUUUCGGCCGCACUCUGGCCCCGCUGCUGGCAGCCCGGCUGGCCGCUGGCUCAACCCUAAUAAUGAAUGCCCGAAACUAUGGGACCCUGCGGAAGCUGUCGACCGAGCUGAAGGUGUUGUCGCCAAACCUACGGGUGCUGUGCGAGUCGACCGACCUGGGCAGUGAGAUCGGGCUGAAGCACCUGCUGACAGCAGUGCAGGAGCUGCCCCGGGUACCGGACUUACAACGGCUCUUGCUCAUCCACGAACCUGGUACCUUAGGGGACGUGAGCAAAAAUAUUGUGGAUUUUGCUGACCCGACAGAAAUUAAUGGCUACUGGGCUCUGAAUGUGACCUCCACUCUCUGCCUGACUUCGGGGAUCCUCAGGGUCUUCCCCCCCAGCCCUGGCCUGAAACGAACCGUGGUCAACAUCUCCUCCAUGUGUGCAUUGAAACCCUUCAAGAGCUGGGGCCUGUACUGUGCUGGCAAGGCUGCCCGAAACAUGCUGUUCAAGGUGUUGGCAGAGGAAGAGCCCAAUGUUCGGGUGCUGAGCUAUGCCCCAGGCCCUCUGGACACAGACAUGCAGCUAGAAGCCCGGCAGAAAACCAGGGACUCAGAGCUGCGACAGUCUCUGGUCAAGUUGAAGGACACCCAUUCCCUGCUGGACAGCUCUGUCUCUGCCCAGAAGCUCCUGGACCUGCUGGAGGAAGACACCUUUGAGUCAGGGGCCCACAUUGAUUACUUUUGUGAAUAGGACUGGCUGCCCUCCAUCAGCUGGGUGCCACCCCACCUUCCCCUGCCGUCCUGUCCUCACCCUCUGCUCUUCACAAGUGCCCAGACAGGGGGUGUGUGACUUAGUGGAAUGGUCCUUGGAUAGGAAGGCGGAAGAACUGCACAGUCAGCCAGGUCAUAAUGCGCAGAGCUGGGAAUUGAAUCACAUCCUUGAAUUCUCAGUCCAGGGCUCUCCACCCUGCCAUGAAGUGCCCCCUCUCCCCUCUGCCUCCACUCUCUUUGAUUUCUUUCUAAUUUGGCUUCCACUGGGACUGACUCUUUUUUCCAUUCCAUGUCGUCCCUUUCGCCCCUUCCCAAAGAGACCACUGGGAGCCCAGCCAACUGGGUGCAAGUCACUGAGGCUGGGAGUGUUAGGGGUGGAGUGAAGGGAAUGUGUCAGUGAGUCUGCUGGGGAAUUGGGGUUCUCUGACCCCCUCAAAAAGUCAGGGAGGUACAGUGGAUAAAAUGUUAGGCUUGCAGUCUACAAGCUCUGAGGUUCAAAUUCAGGCACUGACAUUUAUAGUGAGACUCUGGACAAGUCACCUCAUGUCUGCAACUCAAGCAUCUUCCGAAGACCUGAGUCUGAAUUCCUAAGGCUGGAGCUCUCACACUAGGAAUACUCCAUGCUGAAAUCACCCGACAUUCCUACCUGAAAGAGAGAGGGAGAGGCAGGCAGACAGGCAGACAGACAGACAGACAGAGAAAGAAAUAAAAAAGGGGAAAGAUCAAGGAAGGAAAAAUGCCAAAUUUUCUCUUCUUUUCUUUUCUUUCUACCCCUUGUAUAAGCUGUAAGACCCCUCAGAGUACAAAUGUCUUUCUGCGUUCACUUUGUGAGUGCCUCCCCCCCCCCCAGCCUCAGAGAAUACAAUAAAUGCUGAGUUUCUUGUG